UUAUACAUGCUACCUCUAGGAGAUAUAAUAAAGCGACACGGAGUUAGCUUUCACUGUUAUGCUGAUGAUACUCAACUUUAUAUUUCCUCGAAGCCUCAUGAAACACAGCAGUUCCAUCGAAUAAUGGAAUGCAUAGUCGAUAUAAAAAACUGGAUGAGUAACAACUUUUUAUUACUGAACUCGGACAAAACGGAAGUGUUACUUAUUGGACCGAAAACUGCUAUAAGUAACAACCAAGAAUACUGUUUAACUAUUGACGGAUGUUCCAUAAAACCCUCGUCGUCAGCAAAGAAUCUUGGCGUUCUAUUCGAUAGUAAUCUGUCAUUUGAGAGCCACGUCGCCAACACCUGUAAAAUUGCGUUUUUCCAUCUUAAGAAUAUAUCUAAACUACGUCAUAUGCUGUCAAUCGCAGAUGCAGAGAAGUUAAUUCAUGCAUUCAUGACAUCAAGACUAGAUUACUGUAAUGCACUGUUAGGUGGUUGCCCUGCAGGCUUAUUACAAAAACUCCAAUUGGUCCAAAACGCGGCAGCUCGAGUUCUUACACGUACAAAAAAGUAUGAACAUAUUAGCCCGGUUCUGUCAACCUUGCACUGGUUACCUAUAAAGCAUCGCGUUAACUUUAAAAUCUUGCUUAUUACCUAUAAAGCCUUACAUGGUUUAGCUCCUCAGUACUUGAAUGAACUCCUUUUGUAUUACAGUCCUUCACGUGCAUUACGCUCUCAGGCGUCCUGUCAGUUGGUAAUACCUAGAAUUUCAAAAUCAAGUGCAGGUGGUAGAUCCUUUUCCUAUCUAGCGCCUAAACUUUGGAAUAGUCUUCCCUGCACUGUCCGGGAGGCAGACACACUCUGUCAGUUUAAAUCUAGACUAAAGACGCAUCUUUUUAAUCUUGCAUACACUACUCUUCCAUAAUAUAAAUCUUCAGAGGGUUUAGGCUGCAUUAGUUAGAUCAACCGGAACCAAAAACACAACUGAUGUACUUGUUGCAUCAAAGAGUACAGAACAGUACUCUACUCUCAGCCAGUCUUGUCUCAUUGUUCCAAGGUUACCACAGCGAGCAGGAUGCAGUUCAUGGCCUGACCUGAUGGUAGAGCGGAGAAUGGGAAGUGGGGACCUGACAAGAGCUGAGAUGAUAGAGCUGGAUAAAGAAGGACGCGGUCUCUUGACAUGUCUUCACCACAAAAUUUCAAAUGCUAUUAGAUUAUUAAUGAUAAUCUUAAACUAUAAUUUAUUUUAUUAUUAAGUUUAUUUAUUUUAUUUAGCCUUGUUGUGCAAGUUCUCUGGAGCUUGUGCAGAGGCAGCAGCUUUUGCCAGAGGGGAACUGGAAUCCCCUGGUUGGGCCUGGGUUCUCCUGAGGUUUUUUUUCUCGAUUAGAGUUUUGGGUUCCUCGCCACCGUUUGCAUACUGUUUUUGCACUAUCUGCCUGACCGGGGGGGCUGCUUUAGAAUCUUAAAGUUUUACUUAAUUAAUAUUGCAUAUAGGAAUUUAUUAUCUGUUAUAUUUGACCUGUGCUUCUCUCUCCUUUAUCCUAAAUGUGUGCUCUCACUGAGCGUGUGUGUGUGUGCGUACUUGUCUGUGUACGUACGUGUGUGUGUGUGUGUGUGUGUGUCUGUGUGUGUUGGUGUGUGUGCGUGUUGUGUGUGUGGAGUGUUUUGUGUGUGGGUGUGUCUGUCUUCUGUGUUUUCAACCUUUUCUUGUUUUUGCAGGUACAACUUUGAUUGUUUUGCUUGUAGUCAAUGUGUCUCAUGUGCAGCUGCUUUGUAACAAUGAAAAUUGUAAAAGCGCUAUAUAAAUAAAGUUGAAAACACAGAAGACAGACACACCCACACACAAAACACUCCACACACACAACACGCACACGCACCAACGCACACAGACACAGAGACACAGACACACACACACACACACACGUACGUACACAGACAAGUACGCACACACACACACGCUCAGUGAGAGCACACAUUUAGGAUAAAGGAGAGAGAAGCACAGGUCAAAUAUAACAGAUAAUAAAUUCCUAUAUGCAAUAUUAAUUAAGUAAAACUUUAAGAUUCUAAAGCAGCCCCCCCGGUCAGGCAGAUAGUGCAAAAACAGUAUGCAAACGGUGGCGAGGAACCCAAAACUCUAAUCGAGAAAAAAAACCUCAGGAGAACCCAGGCCCAACCAGGGGAUUCCAGUUCCCCUCUGGCAAAAGCUGCUGCCUCUGCACAAGCUCCAGAGAACUUGCACAACAAGGCUAAAUAAAAUAAAUAAACUUAAUAAUAAAAUAAAUUAUAGUUUAAGAUUAUCAUUAAUAAUCUAAUAGCAUUUGAAAUUUUGUGGUGAAGACAUGUCAAGAGACCGCGUCCUUCUUUAUCCAGCUCUAUCAUCUCAGCUCUUGUCAGGUCCCCACUUCCCAUUCUCCGCUCUACCAUCAGGUCAGGCCAUGAACUGCAUCCUGCUCGCUGUGGUAACCUUGGAACAAUGAGACAAGACUGGCUGAGAGUAGAGUACUGUUCUGUACUCUUUGAUGCAACAAGUACAUCAGUUGUGUUUUUGGUUCCGGUUGAUCUAACUAAUGCAGCCUAAACCCUCUGAAGAUUUAUAUUAUGGAAGAGUAGUGUAUGCAAGAUUAAAAAGAUGCGUCUUUAGUCUAGAUUUAAACUGACAGAGUGUGUCUGCCUCCCGGACAGUGCAGGGAAGACUAUUCCAAAGUUUAGGCGCUAGAUAGGAAAAGGAUCUACCACCUGCACUUGAUUUUGAAAUUCUAGGUAUUACCAACUGACAGGACGCCUGAGAGCGUAAUGCACGUGAAGGACUGUAAUACAAAAGGAGUUCAUUCAAGUACUGAGGAGCUAAACCAUGUAAGGCUUUAUAGGUAAUAAGCAAGAUUUUAAAGUUAACGCGAUGCUUUAUAGGUAACCAGUGCAAGGUUGACAGAACCGGGCUAAUAUGUUCAUACUUUUUUGUACGUGUAAGAACUCGAGCUGCCGCGUUUUGGACCAAUUGGAGUUUUUGUAAUAAGCCUGCAGGGCAACCACCUAACAGUGCAUUACAGUAGUCUAGUCUUGAUGUCAUGAAUGCAUGAAUUAACUUCUCUGCAUCUGACAUUGACAGCAUAUGACGUAGUUUAGAUAUAUUCUUAAGAUGGAAAAACGCAAUUUUACAGGUGUUGGCGACGUGGCUCUCAAAUGACAGAUUACUAUCGAAUAGAACGCCAAGAUUCUUUGCUGACGACGAGGGUUUUAUGGAACAUCCGUCAAUAGUUAAACAGUAUUCUUGGUUGUUACUUAUAGCAGUUUUCGGUCCAAUAAGUAACACUUCCGUUUUGUCCGAGUUCAGUAAUAAAAAGUUGUUACUCAUCCAGUUUUUUAUAUCGACUAUGCAUUCCAUUAUUCGAUGGAACUGCUGUGUUUCAUGAGGCUUCGAGGAAAUAUAAAGUUGAGUAUCAUCAGCAUAACAGUGAAAGCUAACUCCGUGUCGCUUUAUUAUAUCUCCUAGAGGUAGCAUGUAUAAUGCGAAGAGCAGAGGCCCUAAGACUGAGCCCUGUGGUACACCGUACUGGACUUGCGAUUUGCGUGACACCUCAUUGUUUAUUGCUACAAAUUGAAAACGGUCGGAUAAAUAAGAUUUAAACCAUUUCAAAGCUAUUCCCUUAAUGCCGACAUAAUUUUCGAGUCUAUGUAGGAGUGUGCUGUGGUCAAUGGUAUCGAAUGCAGCACUAAGGUCUAGCAGCACCAAUAACGAGAUACAACCUCGGUCAGACGCCAAUAGCAGAUCAUUUGUAACUCUGAUCAAAGCAGUCUCUGUACUGUGACAUGCUCUAAAUCCAGACUGGAAUUCUUCAUUGAUGUCAUUCCUUUGGAGGAAGGAGCAUAAUUGAGUUGAAACUACUUUUUCCAGAACUUUAGAUAUGAAAGGUAGAUUCGAUAUAGGCCUGUAGUUCCUUAGUUCUCUAGGGUCGAGUUGGGGUUUUUUGACAAGGGGCCUUAUAACAGCCACCUUAUAUGCUUUAGGCACAUGUCCUAAUGUCAGAGAUGAGUUAAUAAUACCAAGAAGAGGAUCUAUAAUUUCUGGGAGCAUCUCUUUCAGUAGAUUUGUAGGUAUAGGGUCUAGUAUGCAUGUUGUUGAUUUAGAUGAUCUAAUAAUUUUAGACAGCUCAUCUUGAUCUACGGUAUAAAAUAAUUGCAUUUUCUCCUUAAGGGCGCUGUAGUUAGUUUGUUCAGCGGGUUUCACUUCUGAUUGCAUUGUUAUAAUUUUUUCUCUAAUAUCUUGGAUUUUAUAUGUGAAGUAGUUCAUAAAUUCAUCACUGCUAUGCUGAUAUACAGGAUCAGAAGUCACUGACGAUUUAUUUUUUGUUAAUUUAGCCACCGUGUUAAAUAAAAACCUAGGAUUGUGCUGGUUUUCUUCUAUUAGUGAUGAAAAGUAGGCGGAUCUAGAAGUUAUUAGGGCUUUCCUGUAUUUUCGAAUACUAUCCUUCCAUGCUGUACGAAAUACCUCUAAUUUAGUUUUCUUAAAGUUGCGCUCCAUUUUUCGGGCCGCUUUCUUUAGAGCCUGAGUGUGUUCAUUAUACCACGGUGUGGGGCUGCCAUUUUUAAUCUUCUUUAAACGUAGUGGAGCAACUUUGUCUAGCGUUACCGAGAAGGUGGAAUUAAAAUUUUCAGUGGUAAUGUCAAGAUCUUCAACGUUAUUUCUCAUGAUUUGAGACAAUUCGGGCAGAUUAUCGAGAAACGCAUCUUUGGUAGUUGAAGUUAUUGUUCUACCAUAUUUGUAACAAUGAGUUUUAUUUGUAGCCGUAGGCCAGUGAAGCAAACAUAAUACCAGAUAAUGA